AUGAAGAUAUCACUCCUGCAGCUCUUUCUUUGCAUCAUUUUGGGGUUUCUCACGACGACGACAGCAGUAAUCACACUUUGCAACUGUGAUCAUCACAACAUUAGUAUUCGAGCAGAAGCUUCUGCAGUCGAAAUUGACUCAACCAAGGAGUUGGAGAAUCAAUUUGCUGGUCUAUAUUCUAAUGCUAAUAUUAUGGUUGCCGGAAGUAUUGGCACUACUAUUGAUUCCUACCAUUUUCCAAUUGUAGCACCACAAGGUAAUAUUCAUGUAUCAUCUUUGGAUAUUUCGAGUGGUUUGCCAAUAAUUUACUUAUCGGAUAUUCAAUUUUGUGUGGUGAGAAGGAUUAUUGGAAAUAUGAGUGUGGUUGUGGCAGGAAAUGGAAUUUGUUCUGUGCCUCAAGAUAAACCAUCAUUGAGUGGAUUGGCUACUGAAUUUUCAUUGACAUCACCGAGUGGAGUUUACUUGGAUGAAUCGACAAAUUCUCUAUUUAUAUUGGAUGUCUAUAAUUUUGCUAGUUAUAUAAGAGUUGUUGAUAUGGAAAGUGGAAUUUUGAGAACUCUUUCUUUGAGUUAUGAUCCUGCCAUGUAUAAUGCCAUUCGUGCUCCAACUAUGAUUACAAAAUAUAAUGGAAUAUUUUACAUUGUUGAUAGUGGGAAUAAUUUUAUUAGAACCAUGACAUUUCUUGAUGAAAAUAGUGUUCUGUGUAAGGUUAUUAUGGGAGGUGUGAAUACUCAAUCAUCAAGUAAUUGUAAUGGUGCUGAUCCUUUGAGUUGUAAAAUGUCAAAUCCAACAAGUAUUGCCCUUUCUUCAGAUGGAAUGAUUGUUGUAGAUUCUGGAUAUAAUAGAUUAUUACAGUUCAGUACAAAUGGAAUAGUUUAUAAUUGGGCCAAUUUUGCACCCAUUACAAAUCCAUUACAUAUUAUCAGUUUGGGUUAUGAUUCAUCUUAUGUUGUUUCUACUGGUGGAGGUCAAUUACUUUUAUUCAAUCAAACCACUCAACAGUUGGCAAAGGUGAAAGUUCUGUAUGAUAACAACAUUGUGGGAAUUAACUUUUUUGGAUGGGACUCACACGAUCAUAUUUACUUCAAGUCAACCAUGCAAAAUGUGGCAGCAACCCAAGUAAUGAAGUUUAAUUUUCGUACUUUGGAAACACCUCUCCUUUUUAGUGGAUUCUAUCCAUAUACUUUUAAUCCGAAUGUACCAGCUUCAAGCUCUUUUUUACGAAACUUGAAUCAAUUACAAGUCAUAAGUGAUAGUGAAGUCUACCUUACUUCCUAUCAAUCAGCAGUUUUAAAACUUGAUUUGAAAACUGGUUUUGCUAAUGUAAUUGCUGGUAGUUUGUCCAAUUCUGGUUAUAACAAUGAUGGCAUUCCAGCAAUCCAAUCUCUUUUGAAUCAGCCAAAAGCUAUGGCCAAGAUUUCACUCGGCCUUUUAAUUGCAGAUAGUGCAAAUAACUUAAUUAGAUUAGUGGACAAUACUGGAAUAAUUUCAACAAUUGCAGGAAAAUAUGCAUCCAAUAAUGGAAAUUGUAAUGAUGGAUUACCAGCUACUUCAUGUACAUUAUCUGGACCUAGUGGUGUCGUGGCGCCUCCAUCAUUGUGGGCAGAUCAAUUCCUCUUCGACUUUGCAGAUAGUAGAGUGAAUAUUAUUAGGAGGGUCAAUAAUGAUAAGACCAUUACAACACUUUCUACCUCGAACUUGUUGAAUUAUCCGACAAGUUUAUUUUAUACUCCUAAUGGGGAUUUAUAUAUUGCGAAUAGUGGAGGAAAUCAAAUCUUGAAAUUAUCGAAAGGAACUAUUUCAGUAAUUGCAGGUACUGGAACAAGAGGUAAUCAAGGAGAUGGGAAACAAGCAACUAGUGCUCAAUUAAGCUAUCCUCUUGCAGUGACUGUCACCUCAAAUGGAGUUAUUUUCAUUGCAGAUUCAGGCAAUAAUGCUAUCAGAAAGAUUAAUACUGAUGGAAUAAUUUCAACUGUUACAACUGAUGCCAUUCAGGGAACUAAUGGUGUUGCCAUAACUACAGAAGGUGCUCUUCUAUAUAGCGAUUCUUUUACCAUUAGAAUGAGAUACUCUGACUCGUGUAUUGAUUCACAAGGUCAAGUUUGUUCAGGUCAUGGUGAUUGUGUGAAUGGAAGUUGCGCCUGUCUAUCUGGAUGGAGGGGUAAUUCAAUGUGUAGCAAUUUUUCUUGUGAUGUUCCCAAGCCAACACAUGGACUGAAUUGCAUUGGACCAAAUCAGUAUUCCUGUACCAGUGGAUGGUAUGGAGAUUUGUGUAAUAUUCCAGUUUGUUUUGGAAUAAUAGCUAAUAAUUCAUUGGUGUGUAAUUCACACGGUACAUGUGUCUCAAAUAACACAUGUUUGUGUCAAAGUGGAUGGAAAGGAAAUGAGCAAUGUGGAUCAUAUUCUUGUGAUAUUCCAUCACAACAUGGAAUAUGUGUUGGACCAAAUAUUUAUGAUUGUGAAGAGGGAUGGGUUGGAAAUCUCUGUGACAUUCCAAUAUGUUUUGGGAAAUUGGCAAAUGAUUCAACCUGUUGCAACUCGAAUGGUAAAUGUAUUUCCAACAAUACUUGUAAAUGUGAUAGUGGAUGGGAAGGUCAACUAUGCACACAAUAUAAUUGUGAUGGUGUUAAUAAUUGUCAACCUCAUGGUUCAUGCAUUUCUAAUAACACAUGCAAAUGUAAUUCAGAAUAUGGAGGUAAUGAUUGUUCAUUACCUUACUGCUUUGGAAAAUUGAGAACUAGUGGAUGCAAUGAUCAAGGAGUUUGUGUCUCAUUCAAUAAGUGUUCGUGUUUUCCUUUUUAUUUUGGAGAAACAUGUUCUUGGUUGGAUUGUGAUCCGUCCUCAAAUAACCCAUCUCAAAACUCAACCAAAAGGUGUUCAUCUAAUGGUCUUUGUGUCCUCAGUCAAAAUGCUUCCAAUCAAAACUCAACAAAAUGUCAAUGCGAUGAUGGGUAUAGUGGAAAAUUUUGUCAAGAUAUUGAUUCUGGAAAUGGAACAGCUGCAGCAAUUGUUGUUAGUAUUAUUCUCCUUUGCAUCUCAUCAGCACUCAUAGGUAUUGGUGUAUUUGUCUAUUUUAAAAAGUUUAGAAGAAACAAAAACCAAGAUCCAGAAAAGAAGAGUCUUUUACCAUCAUUUGUUUAUCGUUCAGAACCUGAAACAAUUAGUUCAAUAGAUUCAUCAACCAAUAAGACAGCAGUAUCUCUUCAAACCAUUGAUGAGGUCGAAAAUCAUCCAAGAGAUUUACCUGGCAAUAGUAAAUCAAUCAGCAGUCCUCUUGCCUCAACGAGCUCACCAAACCUUUUAUCAUCAAGAAAUCAUUUCAGAAUUCGUGAAAAGGAAUAUGUACUAGUUAAGAAAUUAGGAAGUGGAGCUUAUGGAUCUGUAUUUAUUUUUAAAGAGAUUACAACUGAUGAAUUAUUUGCUGUGAAACAGAUUGAAGUUACCAAUCCAUUUGGAAGUGAAUUUAAGGAAGUUGUAAAUAUGUAUGAAUUGAGUGAGGAAUCCAAUCCUUUCAUAGUACCAAUUUUAGGUUGUACAAUGGUCGAGAAUAGUUUAUUCAUUUGUAUCAUCAUGCCAUUGUACAAGUGUGAUUUGAGAAAUUGGAUUCACACCCAUCAAAAUCAAAUUCCAAUAGAAUUAGUUUUGGAAAUUAUCAAGCAAAUAGCAUCUGCUCUCGACUAUCUCCAUUCAAAAGGAAUGGUCCACAGAGAUUUGAAACAAACCAAUAUUUUCAUUGCAAAAGCUCCAGAAAACCCUCAAUCUUCAUCAAAAUCCAUCUUGGAAUGGAAUAAUGAUUUUUUAUUGUGUGUCGGUGAUUGGGGAUCAUCAAGACAUCAACAUCGUUCCAAUCUCACUGCCUACGAAGGUACAUUACAAUACAGUGCUCCAGAAGCAAUUAUUAAGGGAGAAUUCGGACCACCAAGUGAUAUUUGGAGUUUAGGAUGCAUAGUUUAUCAACUGCUUUCAGGAGAUUAUGCAUCUGUAUUGCUGAGAGUCAAGCAAGGAAAUGAUGAGGCCGAUACGAAAGUUCUUCUCCCUGCCAUUGUUCAAUUUAGUAAGAAAGUGAAGUACCAAGGGGAGGUAUUUGAACUCUGUUGUGAUUUAUUGUGGGAAAUGAUACGAUAUGAUCCUGCCAGUAGAAUUAGUCCUUCACAAAUACUCCAGAGAAUUCAAGCACUUUCGAAAUGA